AUGAAAACUUGUUAACAACUCUGAAUAUCGUGUAUUUUAUAUAAAUUUUUAUUUGUAAUCCGCAUAGUUUAACUAUUAAAAUAUCUUUCUUUAUAAAACUUUACAAAUAUUAUGUAUUUUUGUUAAAAUUUUGUAUUUUAAACUAUUAAAAUACUCGUUUUAUAAUAAUAAGUUCGUAAUGGAGAUUUCUAUGGCGUCCACUGAUAGUGUUAAAGUGAUAGUUGUUGGAGAUUCUGGUGUUGGAAAAACAUGUCUUGUAAAUCUCAUCUGUAAUAAUGUAGUUGUAAAAAAUCCUAAAUGGACAGUAGGAGUCACUGUUGAAUUAAAACUUUAUAAGUACAUGGAAGGUACUCAUAGACAAAGAAAUUGUUUUAUUGAAAUGUGGGAUAUUGGUGGUAGUUCAAACCACAAAAAUACUAGACAUAUUUUUUACAAUUCUAUACAAGGAAUAAUACUUGUAUAUGAUCUUACUAAUCUAAAAUCAAGUGAAAAUCUUCAUAAGUGGAUGAAAGAUAUUUUAAACAAGGAUAAUAAUUGUAAAUAUAAAUUUACAGACAGCUUUGAUAUGGAACAAAUGAUUGGAUCUAAUAGAGUUCCAAUUUUAGUAUGUGGCACAAAAUUAGAUAUGGCUCCAGAGCGGGGUAAAAAAUCACCUUCUACUGUUGCUGCUGAAUAUGCUGCUGAUGAAAUACUUUUGAAUUCUCAUGAUCCAAAAUUAUUAGAAAACAGUUCUCUUACAACUUCCAAAUUGAAUAAUUUUUUUGAUAGAGUAAUACAAUCAAAGUAUCCAAUUAGUAAUUCUAGUCCCUUUAAUCAAGGACUUUAUUCAAGACAACAUCAACAUUUAUCUCCAAGAAUGCCAGUAUAUCCAUCAACUAGGCAAAUUAUUUAUGAUGACUUGCCAAUAUUAAAUAAAAAUACUUUUUUCCAGCAUAAAAUUAUUCAUAAGGAUUAAAUAUUAAUAAUUUUUUUUUUAAUAAGUAAAUACUUAAUUAUUUUAAUGGAAAAAAUUGUUAUUAGAUGAGUUAAUUUUAAAUACUUGUUAAAUAUUUAUAUCAUAAUAUAACAAAAAAUAUGUACAAAUA